UCAGUUUGUAAGGGGGGGGGGAGAGAGAGAUGUGGUGCUUUCCCAGAAAAGUUAAAAGCUUGCAAAUAACUGAAGCCAAUUAAGAUCAAAGCUGUGAUAUUCAGUAGUAGUUUCAUUAUAAACCCUUUUUUUAAAAAAAUGAAACCACAACAACUUUGAAACAGAUCAAGAGGUGUUAAUACAUAGCUCUUUUUUGUUAUUCUUUAAAGCUUGUGCAGUAUCUUAAAGCAACAGAUUGCUUAUUUGCUCUUUAUCAUGCACAGAGUUCCCCCCCCCUCCCCACGGAACUGUCGGUGUUAAAAAAAACAACACCAACCCACGUUCUGAGUAAUUUAGGAGCUAAGGAUUAAAAGCUUUCAUUUAUAUGCAAAAUGUACAUUUGUUAGUAGGGAGGCCAACUUUAGGCGGUACAAUAAUUUAUCGGACACUACCGAGUUGCCAACUGUGCCUUGGCAAAGAGAAAGAAAGAUAGAAAUCGGAAGAUGUGGUUUUUUUGCCUGGUGAAUUGCAAGCCUCCCCACCUCCAGGGGGGAAUUCCCACUUCCACUUGCAGGAAAAGGAGCUCCCGAAUAUUUGUUGUGAAGCUUUUGACUGUGAGCCUUGGAAAGCACUCGGUGCUCAAUUCCAUUCUGCACAUCGUUGGGAAUUCUCGGUAGCAGUGGGCAAGUGAUCUUUCACUUGAAGACGAUCACAACAUGAUCACAUGAUCUCAGCAUUCUCCAAAAUGCUCUGUGGAAACCACUGCUUUCGAUACAACCUUUUGCAACAGGAGAGGGAAGAAGACUGUGAUUCCUAAGCAACAAUACCCCCUCCCACCCACAUCUGAGCCAGCUCCAAAUAGAAAGGUGGUAGCCCUGCAAAGGACCCCUAACAAAUUUUGGGGGAGGCAAAUGCGGAGGGGGGGGGUUCUGGCCUUUUAUAUUGCUUUUUUUUUUGCACAAACCAGAACAUACAGGAUAUUUCUGUUGUGCGUAUAACUUCUUGCUACAUAUAUAGGAUCAUUUCCCGUAGCUGUCUAGAAAUUGAAUUUAUUCACUAAGCUUGUGAGUGUUGCUGCUGCUACUCCAACCACUACUCUGCUAUUUCAUACUUGAUAACUAAUUUGAAAGGCAUGGCAGACUGCAAAUUAAACAAAAGCCCAUGUGCUUUAUUUUCCUCCCUCUCUUUCCAUUCACUCCCGAGUCCUCUUUUUGGGGAAUGUCACUAUUCCUGUUUCCCUCGGACCGUGCCAGGAUCUAUGAACAAAAAAAAAAAAACUUAAGAGCUAGGCGAUAUUUGUGGAUCAGUUCCCUGCCUCUUGCUGACGGCCGUUGAGGAUUUAGCAUUUACCAGGUUAGGAAUGAGGAAUCUGUGGGUCUUUCAAAUGUUCUUGGACUCCCAGCUCUAGUAGCAGGGAGCCAAGGGGAAGAAGAGACAUCAUCUCUAAGGGUCAAUCUGAGAAGUCUGGCAGGUUGGAUGUGGUCCGUAGGCUGCCUAAUGAAGAAUGAAGGAUGGUAUUCUGUAGCCUCUCCCCAACUAAUGUUGUGCUGUAAUCCAAGAUUGAUCGACGGUAAUCGCAAUAGCCCUGCAGCUAAUGGUGUGAGUCAUUGUCUUGUUUAUAGAUUUCCCCAACCAGUUGACCCAGGGGAUCUGUACCCUGUUGUGAAUAAUAGCUAGUUUGAAUGAAGAGACCACUUCGUUUCUGUAUGACAAGUAUGGACCUUCCUCACUGUUGUGCAUUUUUGUUGAUGUCCAGACCAAUCACAGAGUGGUGUUGUGGUUAGAGUGGGAGACCAAUGUUCGAAUCCUCACUUGGCCCCAAAGCUGGGUGACAUUUGGGGCAGUCACAGUCUCUCAGCCCAACCUGCUUUGUUGUGAGGAUAAAAUGGGGAAGGGGGGAGUUAUGUUGCACCACCAUGAUCUUCUUGGAGGAAAGGUGGGAUAUAAAUGGGAUUUAUUAAUUUGGAUGUAACAGACCUGUUAUUGUUAAGUCGUUUAGUCAUGUCUGACUCUUCAUGACCCCAUGGACCAGAGCACGCCAGGCACUCCUUUCUUGCACUGCCUUCCGCAGUUUGGUCAAACUCAUGUUCGUAGCUCCGAGAACACUGUCCAACCAUCUCGUCCUCUGUCGUCCCCUUCUCCUAGUGCCCUCAAUCUUUCCCAACAUCAGGGUCUUUUCCAGGGAGUCUUCUCUUCUCAUGAGGUGGCCAACAGACCUAGUGACAGUGAUUAAAAACAUUUUCUUCAAAAUAGUCCUACUAAAAUUAAUGGAAAUGAUCUGAUAUAAGUAGGUGUAUGUCUUACAACCUACCAUUAGUUUGGGUUUAUUCAACUCCAGUAAUAUGCAGAGAGAUUCGUGGAGCUCAGUAUGUUUGAAACCCAGUUCCAUUGCCCUAGCCCCAAACAUCUGCUUGUUUUUGGCCAAAAUUUCAAAAUCACUAGUUGCUUGCUUCAGCUGAAAGUCCUGUUGUACAUCUGUUUUACUCAUAGUUGGAUUGCAUCGUUGGUGGUUUUGUAGUGUUAAAUAGGAGUUAUUGCAGUUCCUUCAAUAAUGAGAGUUGUUUGCUUCAGUGAAAGGUCCUGAUCAUAUGUGUAUUUUGUUCAGUGUUGCAUUGCAUCAUUGGUUUUGCAGUAUUAGGCAAAAGUUGUUGCCAUUCCUUCAAUAGCAUGAGUUGCUUGCUUCCCUUGGCCUCAUGGGUGUUUCACUCAUAGAUGAGAACAAUCGUUGGUGUUACAGUACAAUUUCUGUUUAAGACUAUGAUAUAAGUUUCCAUGUUGGUUGACCCAGUAUUCUUCAUAGCUUAUUGUGUAAAGUACGGUAGCUGGUUUUCAAUGUGACCAAUAUUCCACAAAAACGUUGGUGGUCUUGUGCAAAAGGAAGAAAAGAAAAGAAAAAUACUUUUGCGGAUAUGCAAAAAUUGUGAAAUAGGAGAAUGUAGAAUUGUGGCAAUAUCUGAUGUUGAUUCAUAUAAGUGUUGCAUAAACAAAUUAAUUGAAAUAUGAUAAUUUUGGAAUGGCCACAAGUAUAUUGAAAUAAGUCUUGAAAAUGAUGGCGCUGCAAUUCAUUAUUAAUACUACUACAGUGGUACCUUGGUUUAUGAACAGCUUAGUUUAUGAGCAACUUGGAUUAAGAACGCUGCAAACCCGGAAGUAGGUGUUUUGGUUUGUGAACUUUGCCUUGGAAGUAGAACAUGUUCUGCUUCCUGUUUAAUGUGUUCCAUUUGUAAAUUGAGUUCGCCGCUGCUAUGGGAAAGCACGCCUUGGUUUAAGAACGGACUUCCGGAAUGGAUUAAGUUCAUAAACAAAGGUACCACUGUACUACUGUUUCACAUAAAUAUUAUUCGCACAUAAAUGUACAAGUCUCCAAGUGACUUGCGAAAUAAUUCGAAGCAUUCCCUAAAAUCAGAAAAAGAAAAAUGUAUUAUGAUAAAAGCCGUACAGUGACCAAUGAAACAAGCAGCAGCUGAAACCUAAACAGCAAAACUAAUCCUCAGUAGACAGCACAAAUCAUCAUAAUCCAUCAGAUGUCUGGGAGAAGAGAUAUGUUUUUAGCUAGAACUGAAAGGAUAUUAAUGAUGGCACCAGGCGGACCUCAGUGGAGAGAGCCUGCCACAAGCGAGGAUUCACCACUGGAAAGCUCUCUCCAUUUCCACCACCCUCUGAACCUCAGAGGGGGGCACCCUGGGAAGAGCCUCAGAUGAAAAUUGAAGGGUCCUUGUAGGUUCAUAUUGGUAUAGGUGCUCUGAAGCUACACAGAACUACGCAGGAAUACUACGUUACAGCCCAGACAACCUAAUUCAGAGACAGACGGACAAAAAUGAUGGGCUUGAUAAACGACUAGGUGGAACAAGAUAGACACGGUCAACCUUGACAUAUGAGAAGGGAAGGAAGAGACUCCAAUGCCUUGGUUGGUUUAGCAAGUUUUCCUAGUUCUUUGAAGCCAUGACUUAGAGGAGAGCACAGAAUGUAAAUUUUACAUUAGUACAGUACACCACUGUGCACAUAAACACAUCUCUAUAUCCUUUAUCCAGGCAAACAAGAGGCAUAAUCGGAGCUCAAGGACUCAUUCCCGGCAGGCAAAAACGCUCAGGGUAAAUAGUAUUACCAAGUGGCUCAUUCUACACCCUCCAUACACACCAGUCAUGAGGCUCUUUCUGCUUCCUGCUUGCGUGAUGCUAUUGACCGCCUCCCGAAUUGCUGCCGUCAGCUUCCCAGAAGACGACGACCCUAUUAAUGUUGUCGACUACCACUAUUCAAGGCAAUAUCCAGUAUUUAGAGGACGCCCUUCAGGCAAUGAAUCCCAGCAUAGGCUGGACUUUCAACUGAUGUUGAAAAUUCGAGACACACUUUAUAUUGCUGGCAGGGAUCAAGUUUACACUGUGAACUUGAAUGACAUUCCAAAGGGAGAAGUUGCUCCAAGCAAGAAAUUAACAUGGCGGUCAAGGCAACAGGACAGAGAAAACUGCGCCAUGAAGGGAAAACACAAAGACGAAUGCCAUAAUUUUAUUAAAGUCUUUGUCCCCAGGAAUGACGAGAUGGUGUUUGUCUGUGGAACCAAUGCUUUUAACCCCAUGUGCCGCUACCUUAGGCUGAAUACCUUGGAGUACGAUGGAGAAGAAUUCAGCGGCUUAGCCAGGUGCCCGUUCGACGCCAGGCAAACCAACGUCGCCCUCUUUGCUGAUGGCAAACUCUAUUCUGCAACGGUUGCAGAUUUUCUGGCAAGUGAUGCGGUAAUUUACCGAAGCAUGGGGGACGGGUCGGCAUUGAGAACAAUAAAAUACGACUCCAAGUGGAUUAAAGAGCCCCAUUUCCUUCAUGCCAUUGAAUACGGGAACUUUGUGUAUUUCUUCUUUCGAGAGAUUGCCGUGGAGCAUAAUAAUCUAGGCAAGGCUGUCUACUCCCGUGUAGCCCGCAUAUGCAAAAACGACAUGGGUGGCUCCCAGAGGGUGCUGGAGAAGCACUGGACGUCAUUCCUGAAAGCGCGUCUCAACUGCUCCGUCCCCGGGGAUUCGUUUUUCUACUUUGACGUGCUCCAGUCGAUCACAGACAUAAUAGAAAUCAACGGAGCCCCUACUGUUGUCGGCGUAUUCACUACGCAGCUUAACAGCAUCCCCGGCUCAGCGGUGUGUGCCUUUAGCAUGGAGGACAUUGAGAAAGUCUUCAAAGGAAGAUUUAAGGAACAAAAGACGCCAGAUUCUGUUUGGACAGCUGUACCUGAAGACAAAGUACCAAGGCCAAGACCUGGGUGCUGUGCAAAACACGGCCUAGCAGAGGCUUACAAAACCUCCAUUGAUUUCCCAGAUGAAACCCUCUCUUUCAUCAAAUCCCACCCUUUGAUGGAUUCCGCCGUUCCCUCUGUCAUUGAGGAGCCUUGGUUUACAAAGACAAGAGUCAGGUAUCGGUUGACAGCGAUCGCAGUGGACCACUCUGCCGGCCCGUAUCAAAACUACACAGUCAUCUUUGUUGGCUCUGAAGCUGGAAUGGUACUUAAAAUCUUGGCAAAGACCAAGCCUUCUUCUUUGAAUGACAGCGUGUUACUGGAAGAGAUUGAUGCAUACAAUCAUGCAAAGUGUAAUGGGGAUGGUGAAGAGGACAAGAAGGUCAUCUCCCUGCAACUGGACAAAGAGCACCAUGCCUUAUUUGUUGCAUUCUCCAGCUGCGUCAUUAGAAUUCCACUCAGCCGUUGCGAGCGUCACGGGUCGUGCAAAAAGUCUUGCAUUGCGUCUCGAGAUCCUUACUGUGGCUGGCUGAACCAUGGGACCUGUGGAAGAGUGAAAUCAAGCAUGCUGUUAUCUUUGUUUGUUUCAUACAACCACAGCGUUGGAGGAUAUGAGCAAGAUGUGGAAUAUGGCAACACCGCGCAACUCGGGGAUUGCCACGAAAUUUUGCCUACUACAACUACACCAGAUUACAAAAUAUUUGGCGAUCCAACAUCUGACAUGGCGUUACCCUCAACUUCUGUUACCACAGUGGAAAGUAUCCCAGUUUUCUCACCCAAAGUGAUUGGUUCCUGGAAACCUAAAGUGACUGGCUCCCGGAAAUUUGUAGCCCAAGAUGACCCAAACACCUCUGAUUACUCUGAUUCAUUAUCAGGGGUCCCGAAGGGUGUCAGGUGGGAAGUCCAGUCAGGAGAUUCUAACCAAAUGGUGCACAUGAAUGUCCUGAUUACAUGCGUCUUCGCUGCCUUUCUGCUGGGAGCCUUUAUUGCAGGCGUGGCUGUCUACUGUUACCGGGAUAUGUUUGUGAGAAAGUCCAGGAAGAUACACAAAGACGCAGAGUCAGCUCAGUCCUGUACGGACUCGAGCGGGAGUUUCGCCAAGCUGAACGGCCUCUUUGACAGCCCAGUCAAGGAGUAUCAACAGAAUAUCGAUUCUCCCAAGCUGUAUUCAAACUUGUUAACAAGCAGAAAGGAGAUGCCGCCAACUGCCGACACCAAGUCCAUGAUGGUGGUGGACCAUAGAGGCCAGCCGCCUGAACUGGCAGCUCUUCCGACACCAGAAUCCACGCCGGUGAUGCAACAAAAGACUUUGCAGUCUAUGAAAAGUCAGAUGGACAAAGCGCAGAACAACCUCAGUGCUUCUAGAAAAGAAACUCCUCUGAAGAGCCCUCAGUUUUUCCCGUCCAGUCCUCCGCCUCAUUCUCCUCUAAGCCACGGCCACAUCCCCAGCGCUAUUGUUCUUCCAAACGCCACCCACGACUACAACAUGUCCUUCUCAAAUUCCAACGCGCACAAAGCAGACAAGAAGAUGCAGAACAUGGACCACCCGCAUACAAAGUCAUCGGGCAAGAGAGACCACAGGAGGUCUGUGGAUUCCAGGAACACCUUGAACGAUUUCCUGAAACAUUUGAACGAAAUGCCUAGCAACCCCAAAGCCAUUAUGGGAGACCUCCAGGUGGCUCACCAAACUCUAAUGCUGGAUCCCAUGGGAAACAUGACUGAGAUCCCCCCUAAGGUUCCCAACAGGGAAGCCUCUUUGUAUUCUCCUCCGUCCACCCUUCCGCGAAACAGUCCGACAAAACGGGUGGACGUCCCGACCACGCCGGCGGUACCCAUGACCUCUUUAGAAAGGCAAAGGGGCUACCACAAAAAUUCAUCGCAGCGGCAUUCUAUAUCAGCCCUCCCUAAAAACUUAAACUCGCCCAAUGGCGUGCUGCUGUCGCGGCAGCCUAGUAUUAACCGCGGGGGCUACAUACCUCCCGGAGGAGGCUCAAAGAUGGACUACAUGCAAGGGGUACCGGUGAGUGUCCAUCUACAGCCUUCCUUGUCUAGGCAAAGCAGUUACACGAGCAAUGGAACGCUCCCUCGGACAGGGAUAAAGAGGACGCCCUCCCUCAAACCAGACGUGCCGCCCAAACCCUCGUUCGCUCCCCAGACGCCUUCAGUCAGACCACUGAACAAAUACAGCUACUGAGACUUGCGUAUUCUGUCAAGAGGUGUGGGGUGAUGUUGCAGGACAGACAAUAAGACAGAGACUCGCUUGUCAUGAGAAACACACAGAGGAGAGAAAGAGAGAGAGAGAAUGAACAAGCCGCCAAAGAACCUGUUCUUACUCCAGCAACAUCUGGGCUUUUGCCACACACCUGGCUUAAAGCAAGGCUCAGCUUGCUAAACAGAUUAUAACAAAGGAAGGUGCUGGCCCUUCACAUUUCUUUCGUUUGGAGCAGAGGAGACAUGUAGCACAAUGGGAGGGGGAACUACCUGAGCGAAAGUACUCGGGGAGGAAAAGGGGAGGGGGAAAAGAUCUGCGAGCAAAAAUACUUGAAGAUAAUAAUAAUAACGAUAACAAUAAAAUGGGGUUCAUUUUUAGACUGCCAUAAUGUGUAGUCUUCCCAUGAAAUGUGAACAUUUUAAUAUGUAUGCAUUUGCCUUGCCUCUUGCACAAAUGUCAGCAAAUGAUAAUGUCUCAACAAGUAUGUUGGUUAAUAAGCAACUUGCUGAUCUUUGGUCUCUAGUCCAACUGUAGCAUUUUUCUUUUCCUCCAAAGGAUGACAUUUUUGUUUAUGAUGAGAAUAAAGGUGUUUGUGUGUGAGGGUGUGUGUGCGCGUGCACAAAGCUAGGAGGUAUUCAAUCUCAUUGCAUCUUUUAAGUUACAGAAACGUUUACAUUUGAGUUUGACUAAACAAACAGAUGGCUCUGGUUCAGAUUAUUUUGGAUUGCAUGAGGUGUACAGCAGAUCUCAUGUGGGAAGCUUUGUGCUGUCAGAUUUCUGCCCCGGGCGGAACUAGUUACUAUGUGAAAUGGUGCAAAUGUGCGCAUUCUAAAUUAUGCUGCUAUAGAGUCAGAUGUCUAAAUUCCAAAUGUAGCAUUACUAGAGGUCCAUGGCAGUAGGGAUGGUUAAACCAGUCCAUUUUGGUUUCUCGUUUUUCUGAUAUUCAGUUCGCCCAAUUUCUGCAGCAGUUUGGAAAUUUUUUUACUUCAGAGAAAUGCAAAUUCCAAAGGGUUUGCAUGGUGCUUUGGGAAGCACAAAUUCAGGGAGGUUAACAUGAAAAUGCAAACCAAAUUGAUUUUCUUCCCCCAUCUCCAGUGCUCAGCUGGUCUUUCAAUCCACCUGACUUCCCAGCCUGAAUGCAAACUUUAGAACUUCUAACUGUUCUUCAAUCCAGAACAAAGUUUCCAUUACGGUCAGACUCCCUAGUUCAAAAAGCAGUUCAUUUGUUUGUUUUGUAAACACCGCCUUCCCCCAAACUGAGACAAAAUAAAGGCAGGGGGAUUGAGAAAGGCAACGAAAGGGGGAAAUGCGGCAUUCCCAAGUAGAAAAGACCCUAAGAGAAAAAAAGGAAAUAUUUUCCAGAUGCAAAGAAUUGCUUCAUUGGCCCCCAACAAGCCAUGUACCCACCUGUAUUUAGCGAACAAGGAAUUGAGGAGCAAUCCUAUGGCUUGUAUAUUUGCUUAGCCGAGUGUGGGGUAAGAGGAACUACUGCUCCCGGCAUCCAUGGCAAGUGCUUACACCAGCCUCUCCUAAGCUGGUGUCCUCUGGAUGUUUUGGAGGACAACACAGCCGUGGCUGGCUGGGGCUGAUGGGACUUGGAGACCAGAACAUCUGGAGAGCACCAGGUGGAGGAAGGCUGGUUGACACCAUCAUAGGGUGGCCCUCCUCACUCUGGGACGUUUACGUGUGAGGCAUAUGUUACACAAGAAAAGACAGCAGAGAUAUGUGGAAUAAGACGUUCACAUUAUUCACAUCAUUUUAUAGCCCUUCCCAACCCGAAAUGAAGAUACAUCAGUAAGGCUUGGCAGGAUCCGCCCAAGAAAAAAUUGACAGUAGUGCAAUCAAUUUGUUUAGCUUGUGGUUUCUCCAUAGUCAUGCCGGUAAUGACAAUAUUCUGUAAAUAUUCUGUGUGUUUACCUGGAUCUGUGCAUUUUGUGCCUUAUUCAUGAAAAUGAUUUUCUUUUCUU